UCCCACACACAAGGGUAUGAGCAUGACUGUGAGUGCAGCUGGAGUUCAGGAGAUUUUAUUGGUCGCCAGACAUGACAGAUUCAGUUUUGAAACCUCCUUCGCACGAUUUGCGCAUAACAGGAAGACUGUAGUUUGAUCUCUACCACAUCUCUACGAAUUUACCUGCAACAAUUGACGAGGACAUGAAAACGGUACGCUAUGUUCUUCCUCAGACACGAGUCUGACAGAAUACCUGGAUUCUCUAUUCCUCAAUGCCACAUAAACCAAGAAACCCCAUAGACUGAGCGUUAAUACCGAUGCACUGAAUCACGCAACCUGUUCGAGCUCCUCUGAAGAUGAAGAUGAAAAAGCAGAACGUGCGCACGCUCUCCCUCAUCCUCUGCAUGUUCUCUUACCUGCUGGUGGGCGCCGCGGUCUUUGACGCGCUGGAGUCCGAGACUGAGAGCGCGCGGAAACGCUUCCUAGAACAGAAGCGCAGCGACAUGAAGAGGAAGUAUCGUUUCACUGAGGAUGACUAUCGGGAGAUCGAGCGGGUAGUGCUGCAGGCAGAGCCCCAUCGCGCUGGCAGACAGUGGAAAUUCGCUGGAUCUUUUUACUUUGCCAUAACUGUCAUCACCACGAUAGGUUACGGCCAUGCAGCCCCCGGCACAGAUGCGGGAAAGGUCUUCUGCAUGUUCUAUGCCGUCCUGGGCAUCCCUCUUACACUGGUGAUGUUCCAGAGUCUGGGUGAGAGAAUGAACACGUUUGUCCGCUACCUCCUUAGCCGCGUCAAGAAAUGCCUAGGGCUUCAUCGCACAGAGAUUUCCAUGGAAAACAUGGUUUUAGUAGGUUUCUUGUCCUGCCUGGGAACUCUGUGCGUGGGAGCCGCGGCCUUCUCACACUUCGAGGGCUGGACGUUCUUCCACGCAUACUACUACUGUUUCAUCACUCUCACCACCAUUGGCUUUGGGGACUUCGUGGCUCUUCAAAAGAAGGAGGACCUCCAAGAAAAGACACCUUAUGUAGUCUUUAGUUUCAUGUACAUCCUUGUGGGGUUGACAGUGAUCGGAGCGUUCCUCAACUUGGUGGUGUUGAGGUUCCUCACUAUGAACAGCGAGGAUGAGAGGCGGGAUGCUCAGGAACGGGCCUCACUGAAGAGGGGUCGUAACUUCACAGCCAUGAAUUCUGGGCGGGACAAUCACUGCCAUAGCAACCUCUUCUUGCCCAUAGAGGAGGGGACCAGCUGCACCAACCUCAUCCCAUCCCCGGCAGAGGAGCGCGAGCUGUACUCGCCUCUGCCGUUACACACAAACCCGUGCCAGUCUCGGUCCCAUCUGAGCCUGCUGUGCACCUGGAUCUGCUAUCACUUGGGCCUCUGUAACAGCCCAACCCCGUCCCAAAACCAGUGCCCUGAGUACAAUAUUAACUCAGUGUACUACAACUCUGUUUCUUACAAGAUACAAGGCAGCUCCUCAACCAGGAACAAUACCGUUCUUUCCUCUCCAGGCAGCACACUUUCCCCUGGGCUCAGCUUCAGAGAGCUGCCAGGCGUACGGAGGAAGUCACUGUAAUAGCUUUGCUGGAAAGAACUAGUGGGCUGUUGUCUGGUUUAGACAGCGAGUAAACUGAGGGAGCAUAUGUUUUGUAGCGCAAGUCAGCAAAGACAAUAUACAGAAGUUUGAAGUAUUUCUAAACCUCUUAAAGAUGAAUAAGCAUGUCUUUUUAAAGGACAGCAAUUGCGUACUUUGAGUUUAUGUUAAAGGAGAUACAUAUGAUAACUGUAACAGUUUUUUUAAAAUAUCGAAAUAUUGGGCAUUUAACUGUCAUCUGAAUACCUGUACAGCACUUACUUUGCUAUGAUCGGAUGCUAUAUUUUAAGCCCCAAAAGAACAUUACAAAUACUGAUAAAUAUCCAUUUCAACUGGAAGUUAUGUGGCUUGUUUUAGGGGCACAAUGAAAGUGUAAAGAUACUUAGAUGAUCUCAAACCUUUAGAUUUCUGCUGUAUAGGAACUGCACUAGUGCACACAAUGAUAGACCAGCCUCAAGCAAGGAAACUGCCUUUUAGUGUUUUUACAUGAUAUGAGAAUGUUGAAAAUGAAAGUGACUUAAAAGUACGAGAUUUACUGAGAGGCUAAUCUUCUCACCAUUGUGCCUUUGAGCAAGUGUCACUGUCACGUUUGGUUUAUUUAGAUUUUCCUUUGUUCUAGUUUCCCGCCACUCGUCAGUUACCAUGGACACUAACACUCAUCAUCAAAGCUAUUUGUAUUUAAGUUAAUCAUCACUGUGUAUUUAAGUUCCUGCUUGUGUUCUGUUUAGUUGUCCGGUAUAGUUUGUGUGUAUACACGCUGUUUCGCAUGUUGGCUUCUGUUUGGAUUACUUUAAUAAACCCUGUAAGGUUUACUAUCAUCAUUUUCUCCUUCAAUGGGCCUUAGCGUUACAGAAUACCGGACCAAAAUAGAUUAUGCAGCUCAAUUCGCUGCCGUGGCUCAUGAGAGCCCGAACUUUUUCAUUUUCACAGAGGGAUUUUGUCACCUUGAACUCACUUGCCCCAAUGACGACAAGACCCUGAAGUCACUUUUCUGGAUCGGGGCUAACUUCUAUCAUCCCAUCGACCACCCAGACCCCAAGGGACUUGACUGGAAGGAGGCCAUCAUCAGGUGUUCAGAGGUCCAGAGAACAGACAAGACCCAGAGCUAACUUCAACACCACUGACCAUGGAGGAAUCGCGUGUGCCCCCCGCAGAUGUUGAGGGUCAACCAGCCGCGACGUGUGACCCAGAGCCCGAGGAGGAGAGACAGGGCUCACCAUCACCCCGGAAGUGGACCUUACCAGGGGAAUGAGCCCGCGACACCAACAGCCAAAGGGAAUGAAGAUGGAGGACUGGCUGAUGGACUUCAAACUUGUCAACUCCCACCCUAUCCCACCCGGUAUCUGAAUCGUUAUUGCUUAUGAAGAACUGUAAGGACUCUAAGACUGAUGAAUCAUCGCUGUGUAAGGACAGCAUUGUGAACAUUAUGGACUGGAAUUUAUACUUUGCUUCAACAUUUCUGGACUGUGUUAUGAUUACUGUCAUCCUGUCAAGUCUCGUUUCAUCACCACCACCACCACCACCACAGAGCUCAGCCAGUCCUCCAGCCCUGUCACUGCUGGAUGUUUGUAGCCCUGCGCCAUCUCCGGGGAGUUCUUGCUAUGACGUCGAGCCGCAGGUCGCGCAACCAUCAGGAGUGCCUGUGCGUAAGGAUCCUACGGCUCUGCCUCCAGCCUCUGAUCACUUCGCUCCAUCUCGACCUGUCGGCUUCGCCUCGGCUCCUCCCACCUUCAGCUUCACCAGUGCAAUACCAGCACACAUACAUAGAUACAAAGGAUGCAUAGCUUUCCUAAGGUUGAAGUUGGUUGAGCAGGAUAUUUCCCCAAAACAUAGUGGCUCCACUGGGUUCCCUCGUCCCAUCGGCUCCCCCUUGGUCAGUCAUUACGCCACUUAAUAGGGGAAUUUACAGUUAAAGACCCAAAGAUCAGAUGUGAUGAAUGAAGACUUGGAGUCAGAGUUUAAAAAAAUAAAUUGUAGAAAAUUUUACUGAAGAAUAUAGUUUGCCGUCUCAUCAGCAGAAGAUAGCUUCAACAAUAACAAGGAGUUUGUUGGCAGCUCUGCGUACACAUUCAAUGCAGCAGCAGUUAUACUCAAACACAGUCCACAGAUGACAACAAAACCCGGGUUUAGGCACGGGGUGACCUCCUCCAGGUCAUAGAACUGCUCUUUUAGGCGCCAAUUUGUUGGGAAAAACAAGUCAUUCCAUCGUUCAGGGUGCCAGUUGUUCAUCUUUCACCAAUACUGCUCUGCAACAAGAAUACCUGCACACAUACAUAGAUGCAAAGGAUGCGUAGCUCCUCCGAGGUUAAAGUACUUUGAGCAGGAUAUUUCCCCAAAACAUAUAGAUAAGUUGUACUUUUCUCUCAGUGAGAGGUACAGACAAUAUUCAUCAUUAUUUUCUUGUGUUUGAAGAUGAAAAGGUAAAUAAAUGCUUUAACAUACAUUAAAGAAGUCAUUCAAAUCAUUUAAUAUUUAGAAGGAUAAAUAUUGAUUAAUAACUGGAUUAUAAAUCACUCAAAAGAUAUAUAUUGAAGCGGCAGUGGAUCAGUUACCAUGGACACGAACACUUAUCAUCACAGCUGUUCGUCUUUUAGUAAAUCAUCAUCACUGUGUAUUUAAGUUCCUGCCUGUGUUCUGUUUAGUUGUCUGGUAUUGUUUGCGUCUCAUUUGCUCGCUGUUUCGCAUGUUGUCUAUCUGUUUGGAUUACUUUAAUAAACCUUGUGAGUUUUACUAUCAUCAUCUUCAGGUCUUCAUUGGACCUUAGCAUUACAGCAAGACACUGAACCCCUGGUAACAUCAAGAGGCCUGAAGGAGCAGUUACUACUAUAUGGUGAUUCACAAUAUGCAUUUUACUAGACAAAUACAUUUAAAACCUUCUUCUGUGGUCAGAAACAGAUAUCAGUUAAAUCAGUAUCGAUGUACACAAUUGGGAAAAUCAUCUUUGGUUUCAGUAUUCAAGCAUGUGCAUGUUAUGGUUGUUUUGCAAUGUUUGCACAAUAUAUAAUGAUGAAUGCCUAUGCUUAUUAUGUUACUUUAGUUUUUAUUGUUAUUAGUUUUUUCAGUUGUUUAGGAUGUAGCUAGAACAAGAAAAGUAUGACAAAAUUAAUGCAGAGACAGAAAAUGAUUCUAUCUGAUCUGCGGGACAUUUUCAUUGUGAAAGUCUAUAUAAUUCAAUAAGAAUAAUUCAUAAACCCUUUUACAAGUAAGGUAAUAACAAGGCCUUUUGUGAGACCUUCACACAGUGAUCACAACAUGUGCAGUCUAUGUGAGCUAAACUGUGGAUUAUUCAUUUUCAAAUUCAUCAAAUUAAUUUCUCAUUCAGACACAAACACUAGCAAAACUCUACACAGGCCAAUUUGCACAUGUUUACAUACUCUUUUCAAAACCUCUAACAUAAAAUAAGACAGAAAUUUGCUUCAUUUCUACAGUAAUACCAUAUUGAAAUAUAUUCCAAAUCAAAAAAAAAUGAAGAGUAGUCACCGCGCCUUCAAACAAGUCCAAAUGAGGUGCGUAGACAAAAAUAUAAUUUCAAAAGAGUCCGCACACUCCACCAAAGAUGAAAAAACAUCAGAUGGGAGACAAACAAAACUUUCCUGAAAAAAAGAGCAAACGUUUCGGUCACAUGUGACCUUUGUUAAUGCCAAACUUUGGCCCUGUCCCAAAUGGCACCCUAAACCCUCACGGUCUUCCUCUGAGUCCGCACUUUCACGACGUAAUGCCGCUUUAAAUGCCGGGUAAAGUCCUCUGCAUAGCUCACAGUCUUGCGGGCUCAGCAGAAGUGCGCAUCGAGGGUGCAUAGCAGCCGCAAAGGGGGCGCUCACGAGCACCCUUCUUUAAGCUUAAAUGAUGAAUGGGACACCCUACGGUCUUGUGGACUUAACGGACACACGCAUGCAGUGACCAUUGUAAGUCCACAAGACUGAAAGUGCACAUGAAGUGUGCCAUUUGGGACAGGGCCUUACAAUGCUUAGUUCAGGAGCCAUCUUGAUUUAAGGAGUCACAUGGUUGCAUAGAUCACAUAAUCGAUUGAACUAAACUAUAACAAAUAAUCCAAACAAAUUAUUUACCAUACUACAUGAAAAUAAUCCAAAAAGAAAAAGAAAGGGGAAAAAAGGAAAAAAAACAUUAAUAAUGAUGAUAAUAAUCCAACAUCAAAGAAAAAAGAAUAUGUAUAACAUACUAAAUUACAAAGUAUAUCAACUGUAAGUUGAAAAAUAUGUAUACAAAAUUACCACAACAUUUUUGUAAUGAUCAUCAUGAUAUAAAUAAAUUAGAGAACAAUAACUGUAUUUUGGAGCAACAAGUUAUAAUUCAUAGAAAACAUGACAGUUGAAGUUCUUCAUUCAAUCCCUUUGGAUGUACACAGUCCAUAUAAUAAAUUCACUUAGCUUCAAAUUGUAAUAAUCUUUUGUUAGAGUCACCACCUCUUCUUGAGCUCGUCAAUCUCUGAAUACCACAAAAUCUCAAGUCAGUAAGUUUGUGACCAGCAUCUACAAAAUGUCUGGCCACAGGAGAAUGGAUGUGUGUCCUUCUAAUAAAACUUCUGUGCUCAUUGAUGCAGGUCUUCAGUUGGCGGUUGGUCUAAAAAAAUCUAAAAACAAAAAAUGAAAUGUCAAAACUAUUAGAUGUAGCUGAACACCUACACAAGUGUUUUUCAGUCUCAUCACUAUCUAUAUAAAAGGUGAAACUUGGGAAUAAUUUUGUACAGUAAUGUAAACAUGGAUCAUGUAACAUAAACUGAAUUCAAAACA